UCCAAAGCAUCCGUUCCGUCAAAGUUCACAGAGGACCUUAGACCGAGUCUCGUUCGUCAGUGGAAAAGAUAACACGUUUAUUCUUUUUCUUGCUUGCUUGACUCUCUCCUUCCGUCUCUUGUGGCUUUUGCUUUUCAAAAACCCAUAUAAAACUCAAAAAAAAGCCAACCAACGAAAGGAAUCCUCCGAUUCUCUCUUGGUCCAAAAAAUUUCAAAAAUCACAUAAUCUGCUCGAGCAAUCCAGCCUUCCCCCCCUUCCUUUCACUUGAUCCUUUUCUUUUCGUCAAGUCACCAUCAUGUCUGCUGCCCCUGCCUCUCCCUCUGCCCAGCCCGCCGUCCCUCCCCAGGUCGUCGAGUCCAUCCCCCUUCCCGGUUAUGCCCCAGCCCCUCCCACCUCGGCCGGACAGGCCCCCUCAGCCUCGCUCUACGUCGGCGAACUCGACCCCAGCGUGACCGAGGCCAUGCUCUUUGAGCUCUUCAACUUCAUCGGCGCCGUUGCCUCGAUCCGUGUCUGCCGCGACGCCGUCACCCGCCGCUCUCUUGGCUACGCCUACGUCAACUACCACAACGUCCUUGACGGCGAGCGUGCCCUCGAGGCCCUCAACUACACCCCCAUCAAGGGCCGCCCCAUCCGCAUCAUGUGGUCCCAGCGCGACCCCUCUCUCCGCAAGUCCGGCACUGGCAACAUCUUCAUCAAGAACCUCGACCCCUCCAUCGACAACAAGGCCCUCCACGACACCUUCUCUGCCUUUGGCAACAUCCUCUCCUGCAAGGUUGCCAUGGAUGCCGAUGUCUCCAAGGGCUACGGCUUUGUCCACUACGAGACCUCCGAGGCCGCCGAGGCUGCCAUCAAGCACGUCAACGGUAUGCUCCUGAACGACCGCAAGGUCUAUGUCGGCCACCACAUUCCCAAGAAGGAGCGCAUGUCCAAGAUCGAAGAGAUGCGCUCCAAGUACACCAACAUUUACAUCAAGAACCUGAGCGAGGAGGUCACGGACGAGCAGCUCCAGGAGAUGUUCACUCCCUUUGGCAUUGUCACCUCGGCCAUGAUCCAGCGCGACGAGUCCGGCAAGGGCAAGGGCUUUGGUUUUGUCAACUUUGAGGGCCACGAGGCUGCCCGCCUGGCCGUUGAGGAGAUGCACGAGAAGGAGGUUGCCGGCAAGCAGCUCUAUGUUGCCCGUGCCCAGAAGAAGGCCGAGCGCGAGGAGGAACUCCGCCGCCAGUACGAGAAGAUCCGCGAGGAGAAGCUCAACAAGUACCAGGGCGUCAACCUCUACGUCAAGAACCUCGAUGACUCGAUCGAUGACGAGAAGCUCCGCCAGGAGUUCUCCGUCUACGGCAUCAUCACCUCGGCCAAGGUCAUGAUCGACGAGAAGACCGGUACCUCCAAGGGCUUCGGCUUUGUCUGCUUUUCGUCCCCCGACGAAGCCACCAAGGCUGUUACUGAGAUGAACGGCCGCAUGUUCGCCAGCAAGCCCAUCUACGUCGCUCUCGCCCAGCGCAAGGAGGUCCGCCGCGCCCAGCUCGCCGCUCAGAUUCAGCAGCGCAACAACCAGCUCCGCCUCCAGCAGACCGCCGGCGGUAUCCCUGGCAUGCCUGGCGCUUACCCCGGUGCUCCUCUCUUCUACACCGGCGCCCCUAUUCCCCAGGGCCAGCGCGGCCAGAUGAUGGGCGGCUUCAACGGCCCCCGUCGCGGCCCCUGGAACGGUGUCCCUCAGGUUCCUCCCGGCCAGGCUCUCCCCAACCAGCCCGGCUACCCCCCGGCUGCUGGCCAGAACUAUGGCAUGCCCCUCGCUGUUCCCGCCAACGGCGUUCGCCCCCCUCGCCAAGGCCGCCAGCCCGGCCAGGCCGGUCGUGGUGGUGCCGCUGCUGCCGCCGGUCAGGGCCAGCCCCGUCCUGCUGCCGCUGCCCCCGUCCAGGGCGGUGUUGCCCCCAACGCCGGCCGGGGCCGUGGUGGCUACAAGUACACCCCCGGCGCCCGUAGCACUGCUGGCGCCGGCCCUGCUGCCGCCAAGAGCACCAUCAACGCCGCCAGCUUGGCCACCCUGCCCCCGGACCAGCAGAAGCGCAUGCUCGGCGAGGCCCUCUAUCCUCUCGUUGCCGCCCAGACCGGUGCCCUUGCUGGUAAGGUGACCGGCAUGCUCAUCGAGAUGGACAAUGCCGAGCUGCUCCAUCUCCUCGAGUCCCCUGAGGCUCUCAGCGCCAAGGUCGACGAGGCCAAGACCGUUCUGGAGGAGUUCCUUCGCCAGCAGAACGAGGGUGCCCCUGCCGGCGAGGACGCCCCUGCUGCCGAGUAAGCAGGCGGUGUGAUCCCUUGCCCGUCACAUAAAUCCCCCCCCCAACCACCCACCACCACUUUCUUUACCUCUACUCCCUGUACCCCCCCACACACACUUUCUCUCUCACACACUUCCCCCCCCCAACUCAAACUUUGAACGGAUGCAAUUUAUUGGAGGUUCCCGUGUGCACUGAGGCUUCUGCUCUUGCUCUCUUGAGCCAGGGCCAGGAACUCGGUGUGCGCGGAUGCCUGGAUAUUCAGUUGCGGCAUUUGCCAUCCCUCCUUUUUUUUUGUCACAAUAUAAAGGAGACAGCGGUGCCCAAGUGGAGGGUCCCAGGCAAAA